AAGGAUGGCGCGCAUAGAAGCGUCGCAAUGCGAAACAGCGGGUCUCCACCCGCCGCUUCACUCCAGGGCGGGUACGUUCUGCGUUAAACUGGUUGCCCGCCUCCAACACUGCAACAACCAAGAUGAAGGAAAGCUGGCAAGUAGCGCCUGGCGGCCUCUGGUGGCCGAAUCGUGUACGAAGCGGGAAGGAAAUUCGGGGUGUUUCGGGAGCAUGUGGAAGGGAACGCUGGAGGAGAGAGAGAGAGAGAGUGAAGGCGGCUGGAAGCUGUCCUUCUUUUCUCUCUCCCCAAGACGGCACUGGUGGCUCCGACCGAGGAGGGAGAGCGGCACGGUGGCGAAUCUUCUUGCCCGAACUCGCAUCACUUCGCGCCGACGCUCAGUCUCCCGCAGGAAGUGUUCGAAUGCGGGGAGCGUGGUCGGUGACUUCGCCCCAUCCCGGAUCGCGGUCUCACUUAAGCGCGCGCGCUGUGCUUAAGGGAGCGUCGGGAAGCGUUCUCACGUGGCUCUCCCUCGGCGUCCUCUCCGGCGCCCGCGAAAGGCCGUUCUGCUGCAUCUCAACUUUGACAACGCCAUUGACACGUGCGGUUACGAUAUAGGGUCUCGUUUCUUUCGUGCUUUCGUGACCGCUGUUCCCUAGGAGGUCUGCUGAGCUUGCGUUUAGGGGACCACCUGGAAAACCUCGUGUUUCCAAAAAAGGUCUGCUGCAGCCCACAAAAGAAGCUUCACGCCGUCUUCUCACGUUUCGAAGAGGCCCUGAUUUUUGUGGACAAGUACCCUAUUGACACUGCGAGAGACGCUCAGGCGGAGCAAUCGCCGACCCUCAAUCGGCAGGCUAAACUCACCUGUAAGAUUCAACACCACACCACCGCGGAACCUUAUCGAAGCAUUUGACGUGCUGUCGGACGCCCGAUGAACGGUGCUCGAGGACUGUGUGCCAAUCGCUAAUUUGGACCUCGGUGAGCACUGGAUAAAAUAAGAAGCUCGGGAAGAAGUUUACCCAAGAAAUUUGCAUUGCUCCUGUUGUCUCCUUUAAAAAGUGCUCUACAUCCACAUAAGGCUGUUGAGCAUAAGCGCUGCAACGGGCGUACAGCAACGUGGAAAAUGGCGAGCGCAAAUCAAGGCGUAAAACAACAACGUCUGUUCGAUGGCAGUGUGGCUAGCUACCUUGCAGUGAGGUCUUUUUUAAGCGCCGCAGUUGUGGGGCCAAUGGAACCGGUCAGCGGUUAGCAUCGCUAUGAGAUGCUUGCGUGCCACCCUGCUCCACUGUAUGCUCUGCCUCAGCAUGGAACUAACCAGGCAAGAACCUUUAGACUUCGAAUCAAUUCUGCCCGAGAAUCCAACCGAGUACGACAGCCUUGAUCCUCCAAAGGAAGACGGAAAGCCUACUGUAGUCAGCUUCCACGUGACGGUGCUCAGCUUGGAUUCCAUCGACGAAGGAUCAAUGACGUACGUGGCGGACAUCUUCAUGUCACAGACAUGGCGCGACCACCGGCUGCGGCUGCCACGGAACAUGACGGCCAAGUACCGCCUGCUCCCCGUCAGCUGGUUGCAGCGAAUGUGGAGGCCCGACACGUUCUUCAAGAACGCCAAGGGUGUCACUUUUCAAGAGAUGACCAUCCCCAACCACUACAUAUGGCUCUACGCGGACAGGCGCAUCCUGUACAUGGUCAAGUUGACCCUGUUGCUGUCAUGCGCAAUGAAGUUCGAGACCUACCCUCACGACACCCAGAUAUGUACGAUGAAGAUUGAGAGCAUCUCGUACACGACCGACGACCUGGUGUUUGCAUGGGAGGACGAAGUGCCCCUCGUUGUGGACGAAUCCAUCGAGCUGCCACAGCAUAACUUGGUCUCGACAACAAUGGGCGACUGCACGCAGCUGUACUCGACCGGCAACUUCACCUGCAUCCAGUUAGUGUUCACGCUCAAGCGGCGGCUGGGUUACUACAUGUUCCACACGUACAUUCCGACCUGCCUCAUUGUCAUCAUGUCGUGGAUCUCCUUCUGGAUCAAGCCCGAGGCUGUGCCGGCCAGGGUCACCCUGUGUGUCACCAGCCUGCUCACGCUGUCCACGCAGCACGCCCAGUCGCAGAAGUCCCUUCCGCCGGUGUCCUACAUCAAGGCCAUCGACAUCUUCAUGUCGUCCUGUACAGUGUUCGUGUUCGCCUCGCUCAUGGAGUACGCGCUCGUCAACAUCCUGAUGGGCGAGACGGAGGGUGACGAAGGGGCGCGUCGCAGGAGCAUCCGGAACGUCGUCAUCUCCCCGCGAAUGUCGGAGAACAACGCUCUGCCCAACGGAACCAAAGUUCCGAAGCCGCCCGAAACAAUCGCCGGAGAGUGCCGGCAGAGGGCAAUGCUUGUCGACAAGAUAAGUCGCAUCGUGUUCCCGACAUCGUUCGUCCUGCUGAACUGCGUCUAUUGGUCCCUGUACAUCGACUCCUGAGGAGCGCGCUCCAGCCACAGAGUCGUCGUGGUCGCGCCGCUUCACAAUGGCAUCCAUCUCUUGACACCAACCGAUCACAUCCGGGCAGAUCCCGGUGCCGUUGGACCGCGCUGAAAUAACGGAUGAAACCGCGGAACCACUCGUAGGAGAUUGCCACGAGAUAUCUGUAUGCCUGUUCGUAGCUGUUUUCAGCCACAGCAACAGAGCGUAUUUCGCCAUCCUGUUCUCGAUAUUUUCCCGCAAAUUGUACAUAGCAAAAUGAAUGCGGUAAUCGCCUUAUGCUGAUGUGAAAGUGUUAAAUACGCGUGCCUCCCUGACUGAGAAACUUUGUUCAUGGUGCUCGUGGACGGCUCGGUGAUGGGAUUUUUCGGUGAACGAGAAGACAUGUCAUUCUUUGGAUUCGUCAUUGAGGAAAGAAGCUCUUCGACGGCCAGCUUUGCUUACAUCUCUUCUGCGACCGCUGUGAAAAUGUGCCGGUAUGUUCUGUUACACACGCCUUGCUAUUUGCGGCUUACAGUAAUGUCAGCGAUACAGUUUUCAGCACUGUAUAAGUGGAACUUACCUUGUAGAGCAAAGUGUUUUGUUGUGAGACGUCGAAUAAGUGCACAACUUGAGCCUCAGCUCUCGGAGCAGCAUAAAUAACCUUCGCUCCCAACAGUAAUACCAUUAAGAAACAUCUCCCCUUUUAAACAACAUGUGCACGCAUUCUUCUCGGCUCAUCAUUAGAUGACUCCCCAGAGCCAAACCUCAUCGAAGGAGACGAAUAUUUUUUAUUUAUUUCAGCGUUUUCUGUCCUUCGUGUUCGUCUCGAGCUGUGUGUCUUACGUAAUGUAGUGUUUUUGUGAAAGUGCAACAAUGUGAACAUGUCCUUCGUCCUCUAACGCAUAGUUAACUGCGCGCUCUGGCUGACCUGUUAACGGUGUGUGAAUAUUAUUCGUGCUGCUAAGAAUCCAAUGCAGUGUCAUUUAACUUAAAACAAGUGCAGCAGACUCAUGUAAACUAAAACGCUGGUUGGGCUACGUAUGAGGACCCAGGCGGCAUUUGAUGUCCGCCGUGCAAGCUGGAAUGGCGCCAGCUACCGUUGUUAUUAACGUGGGUACGAACUUUCCCUUUACUUCAGCUUUUGUGGGUCUACUGGGUCCCCAUUUCCGCGCACAUUUCCCUCCACAUAUUUGUUUACAUGAGAAGUGCACCAAUCUCUGGCGCUCUUCUUUCUACCUCAACGUUUGCGUGUUGCCGUAAGAAUAAUUACUCAGGUUGUGCUCACUCAUUCUGCUUGCUUUGCAAGUUCCUGCAUUACAGCGACAACGGAACAUCGCUGCUUCGCUUGACCAUCAGGUGUUUUAUUGCUGUACGCAUCGCUGCAGCAAAUGUCGACAAGAUUUGCAGUUAAGGCUCGUCAAAAGAAAAUUCCUCCUUGAUAAAAUUUAAAUUUUACAGUAAAAUCAAUAUUUAUUCUUCAUGACCAGACGGCUGUUUCUUUCUCCAACUGUGCCACAGUCAGGGAUAGAGCGCUUUCAAAUUGCAUUUCUUUUAGCUUAUAGGCUGUCAAUAUGGCACUUUUCGAUUCAUUUUGAAAUGCUAACGACCAACAGCGUGCAUCCUUAUUCUAGAUGCUCGGUUGACCUUCAAAACACUUGUGUCGAACAUCACACAUCUUCCGCUGGCCCGAUACAGAAGUCAGCUUGCCUAGACUUCGGGUUUUGUUGCCCUAUGUAUAGAGAUGACGCCGAGAAACUGAUAACUAGGGAGAGAAUUCAUACGCUGGAUGUGCUAAAGUGGUCAGGAAAGUGGCUGCAUGUUGACAUACACAUUUAAAGAUACUUUGCGAUGGCUUUUUGGUGGCCUUUAGGGGGCCUUCCUCAGAAACAGCACUGAAGCACGGACAGAAACACGCUCUCUCGUUUCUGUAGUUUUUCUUUAUGAAGUCGGUGAUACAGAAAUCAGGAGCACGUACAUUAUGACAUUUCACGAGUAGUUAGUCUAUAGAAAUUCUGCCCAGUUCUUUGGAGCAAGAAAAUGUACUUCGUCACACGCCCUCGUGGCUUUUGCGUGUUCACGCCUCUGAGCACGUGUUGAACUAUUUUGUUUUAAUAUCCUGAAUGACGACUAAAUUAAUGAUGUUGCUGAGUAUUUCUCAUGUGGGAAUAACUACGAGUGUAAACGAUGAUGAUAUAUAGAAGUGUUGGCGUGGCUAAACUUCAAUCCGGUCUACUGUGAUAAGCAGUAACGAGUCAUCAAGCCAUGUCGGCGUUUCAGUGAAUCAAGGAGUACUCCGUUACUCUCGUAGGAGCUCAUUCGCCUUGACGGUGAUGUCACACCCGAUGCCACAGUGAGCAAGUCUGCCGUGCGUGGAGAGCUAGUGCGCAGGUUUUUACACGCGGUGGCACUGACUACAACACCGAAUGAGGCGUUCAACUAUCGCGCUCUAGUCAGCUUGUCUUUGUUAGAGCAGUGGUGACUCUACCUAAGAUACGAAAGUUAAUUGGGUCUGACAAAGCGGAGGCAUAGUCUAUCACAUCAGCUUGGCGACGGUGAAGACAGCUGAGAUGUGUCAUGCUGCUAGAAAGGAAGGGGCGGAUUCGUCUCGAAAAUGCCUCACAAUGCUUGCGCAUCGUCGAGGCUGGCUCUGAAGGUGUGUCGUGACAGUAUUCGGAAUUACUAGGGUGUGAGCAAGAUAUGAACUCGUAGUCCCAGGGAUAGGAUUGCUCUAGUGCUACUCAGGAUGUCGAGGAGAGAUAUACGCGAUAAAGGAAUCGUCUAAAGUACGUCCUGAGAUUUGGCGCUGAAAUGUUAACUGCAUGAAGUGGUGAAUGACUCGAUAUUCUUCUGAGUGUGUCGCUCUUCCUUCAGCAAGCACCUACCAUGCAUGAAUAUUACACCUUAUAUGGUAAGAAACAAGCUCAUGA